UUGUGACUCGAACACAUGACCAGCAGUCAGUUUUGUCCCUGCUGACUUGUACACGGUUCCUGCUCAUAUGUCUGUGGCGGUACUAAUAACCGCUGUUGUUGGCGGUGGGGUCCUGCUGCUUAUGCGCCGUUUAUUCCCUCGACAGAAAGUCGCUAAAUUGCUCCGGUAUCCAGUCGACACUAUGCGAGGGAAAACCGUUAUCGUGACCGGGGCUAACAGCGGCAUCGGGAAGGCCGUUGCCGGAGAACUGCUGAAAGUCCAAGCCCGAGUCAUCAUGGCCUGCAGGGACCUGCGAGGCGCCGAGGAGGCAGCCCAGGAGAUCAAGAAACAAGCCGGGCCGGAGCAAGGGGAGGUGGUCAUCAAACACCUGGAUCUGGCUUCUCUCAGAUCAGUCCGAAAAUUCUGUGAUGAAAUUAAGGAUGAGGAAUCCAAGAUUGAUGUGCUGAUCAACAAUGCAGGCAUCUACCACUGUCCCUACACAAAGACAGAGGACGGCUUCGAGAUGCAGUUUGGUGUCAAUCACCUGGGUCACUUCCUCCUCACUCAUCUGCUGUUGGACAUCCUGAAGACUUCAGCUCCCAGCCGCAUUAUCGUAGUUUCCUCGAAACUUUACAAAUAUGGCCAGAUAAACUUUGAUGAUCUGAAUAGUGAAAAUAACUAUGAUAAGGCCUUCUGCUACAGUCAGAGCAAGUUGGCCAACCUGCUGUUCACGCUUGAGCUGGCUCGUCAGCUUGAGGGCACGGGGGUCACAGUCAAUGCUCUCACCCCGGGCAUCGUGAGAACCAGACUAGGCAGACAUGUUCAAAUUCCUCUCCUGGCAAAGCCCCUGUUCCACCUCGCCUCGCUGGCCUUUUUCAAGAGUCCACUGGAGGGGGCCCAGACUCCCCUGUAUCUGGCCUGCUCCACAGAGGUGGAGGGAGUGUCUGGGAAGUGUUUUGCAAACUGUAAGGAGGAGGAGCUGAUGUCUAAAGCUACAGAUGGCCAGGCAGCCAAAAAACUAUGGGACAUAAGCAUGAGGAUGGUCGGACUUGCUGAUUGAGCCAAGUCCUGUUCUGUGGACAGUGCUGGUGGAAGUAAAAGUUCUUGGACCAGAUAGGUAUUCUCUUGCAUCCCCAUAGACACCAUUGUCCAAGAGAUAGGUUGUAAAGAUUGCCACUUUCGGGAUAAAAACAUGAACUGAAUGACAUAUUGUGCCAACGAAGUGUGAAAAAUAAGUGUCUGUGAACAAGCAUGCUAUGUCUCAGUAAGCUGGUUUGAAUAUGGAUUUGAGUUCAAAAAUGUGCCUGUAAAAGUGACGGUAAUCUGUUAUAUGAAACUAUCUACAGGGGGUCUUCGACUUAAAUCAGAAUUCCGUUCUCAUGGCACGACAUAACGCGAUUUUCGGAACUCCCAUAUUGUACAUAAGUACCUAUGUCACUCACCUACGCUAACACAGUGGUAAAACUUGAUCGUUCUUCUGUUGGUGUUUUUGCCCUUUUCUAGCAUUUUAUUAUAUCUAAUUUCACUUCCAUGGAGAUGACUUUCCUUUUCUUUGAAGCACUGCCAUCAGAAGAGUUUGACUUGCGCUUGGGAGCCAUUAAUGAAGGGCAAAAAGUUUCCAAAAAAAACAACACAAACGGAAAAAAGUGAAUGUAGCACAAUCCAAUAUGGCGUACAGCCGGUGAAUGUAAACAAAGCCGUCUUCCUUGUAGAGCGCCACAUGACGUCGUCCGCCCCACUUGCCAACUAGUUCCCAUGCGAAAUUUGUUUUAACGUUGCAAAUGCUGUACGUGGGAAUGAUGGAACAAAACUUUAAUAAAUUUAUGGGAGAUGGCUACAUAACCACUGAACGUCUAGGUCGAGGAUGUCGUAAACCGAGGACCUGCUGUACUUUCUUAAUAAUUCUCUCAAGGCCCUUCACCCUCAUUAUGAAAAACAGUUUUCUCAUGUACACAAUGUUUAUGAAAUCAGAUUACUGGAUGCAGACAGCUGUACCAGCUAGGGAUCAACUGAUAUAUUUUUUCAGAGCUGAUACUGAUUAUUGGUAGCUAAGUAGAAGAUGGAACUGAUCUACGUACCAUUCAAAAGUUUGGGGUCACCCAGACAAUUUCAUGUUUUCCAUGAAAACUCACACUUUUAUUCAUUUGCUAACAAGGGUUUUCUAAUAAUCAAUUAGCCUUUUAUUAGCCUUUUAUUAGCUACCACAAUGUACCAUUAGACCACAGGAGUGAUGGUUGCUGGAAAUGUUCCUCUGUACCCCUAUGGAGAUAUUCCAUUAGAAAUCAGCUGUUUCCAGCUAGAAUAGUCAUUUACCACAUUAGCAAUGUCUAGAUUGUAUUUCUGAUUCAUUUAAUAUACAUUGAAAAAAAAUGCUUUUCUUUCAAAAAUAGGGGCCUUUCUAAGUGACCCCAAACUUUUGAGCAGUAGUGUACAUUUGCAAUUAAAAUGAAAAUUUUGGGGUCAAAUUUUGGAAUAACAAACUAACACAAAACUUUGUCAGAAUGCCUUUAUUUACAUUUCAGUUUAACUAAAAGAACAAAAGAAAAAGAAACCGAAGAUAUGUUCCAGAUAAAAAUAAAAAAAAAAUAAGAAUUACCUGUUUUGGCUGCAAAACAGAUCAUUCUGAAUUUGUAAUAUGUCUAAUGCUUAAAUGCUGCUUUCUUACUUUCUUACCUCCUUUAAAUAUACUCUAAAUAUAAUAUAGGGAGGGGGAGAACAUUUCCUAGUCAAACAUACUUUUAAGUUAUAAGUGACAUUUUUUUAAGAAACAUUAUCAAUAACUUAUCAAUAAAACUUGCUAAUUUGAUGCAUCCAGCAAGCCUGGUUAGUCUGGGCAUAAGACCUAUAUAACUGUGUUUUUUUUCUAUUGCCAUGACCUGAACAGGAUUUAAACACAAACACCAAGAUCAAAGGGAACAAACUCUCGAGCGAAUCGCCUCACAGCAUUCAUCAAAGACAAGCUGAGUUGUCACAUUUUCCUCUACUGUGAGGUCACAUUAUUGCUUGUGCUCUGCAAAUCCUGAGUGGAGGAAAUGCACAUCCACUUCAUGUUCAGCUGCUGUUUUUGAAUGCAAAAUGUGUGCAUACUUUAGCAUCUAUUUUUCAGUAUAACGGACGGAGAGGUGGGGGUAGCUGUUAAUCUAGUUUCUUCCUUUUGAUGUGUCUGAAGUGUAAAUGUGUUCUGCUGUGUUUGGAAGAGCUGGAACAAUAAAGGUUGACAAUGUG